AUUCACUAUACAAGUCACAAUUUGCAGAUGAGACACUUCUCAUUGCUGACAUCGCACGGGUGAUCACUUGUUCCAGAAAAGUGGAGUGAACGCUUAACACUGAACCUUGUGCAAAAUGCGUGAGAUUGUGCAUGUUCAGAUUGGCCAGUGUGGAAACCAAAUCGGAGCUAAGUUCUGGGAAGUCAUAAGCGAUGAGCAUGGAAUUGAUACCACAGGAAACUACUGUGGUGAUUCACCUCUGCAGAAGGAAAGACUUAAUGUGUACUUCAAUGAAGCCUACUCACAUAAAUAUGUUCCUCGUGCUGUCCUGGUAGACCUGGAACCAGGAACGAUGGACAGCGUCCGUUCCAGCAAAAUAGGUCCACUCUUUCGACCUGAUAAUUUUAUUCAUGGAAAUUCAGGUGCUGGUAACAACUGGGCAAAAGGUCAUUACACGGAAGGGGCCGAGUUGAUUGAAAAUGUCAUGGACAUCGUGAGGAACGAGUGCGAAGGCUGUGACUGCCUUCAGGGAUUCCAGCUCACCCAUUCCCUUGGUGGAGGAACGGGGUCUGGCAUGGGUACCCUUCUGAUCAACAAGAUCAAGGAAGAAUACCCCGACAGGAUCAUGAACACCUUCAGCGUGGUGCCAUCACCCAAGGUAUCGGAUACCGUUGUUGAACCGUACAACGCGAUCCUAUCCAUCCACCAGCUGAUUGAGAACACAGAUGAAACAUUCUGCAUCGAUAACGAAGCCUUGUACGACAUCUGCUUUAGAACGCUGAAGCUCCGCACGCCAACCUAUGGAGACCUCAAUCAUUUGGUGUCCCUGACCAUGAGUGGUGUCACCACCUCCCUACGCUUUCCAGGCCAGCUGAAUGCUGAUCUGAGGAAACUGGCCGUUAACAUGGUGCCAUUCCCCCGACUCCACUUCUUCAUGCCAGGCUUCGCUCCUCUAACUUCUCGGAGCAGUCAGCAGUAUAGAGCGCUUUCUGUUCCAGAGCUCACCCAACAGAUGUUUGAUGCACGGAACAUGAUGACAGCCUGCGAUCCACAUUAUGGGCGAUAUUUGACCGUAGCUUGCAUCUUCAGAGGCCAGAUGUCUACCAGGGAGGUGGAUGAAGAACUGUUGACUGUGCAAAACAAAAACAGUAGCCGCUUUGUGGAAUGGAUACCCAACAACGUCAAAGUGGCCGUGUGUGAUAUACCACCUCGUGGGUUGAAGAUGUCUGCCACCUUCAUUGGGAACAAUACAGCCAUUCAGCAAAUCUUCAGGAGGAUCUCCGAGCAGUUUUCAGCCAUGUUCAGGCGGAAAGCAUUUCUCCAUUGGUAUACCGGCGAAGGGAUGGAUGACAUGGAAUUUUCUGAAGCAGAAGGUAACACUAAUGACUUGGUAUCUGAAUACCAGCAAUAUCAAGAUGCCACAGCAGCUGUAGAAGAGUAUGUGGAAGCAGAAGAGGAAGAAGCUCCAGAAGAACAGGAAGCCCUUUAAAAGUAAAAAUGAUGGAGCUUUGAUCCCAAAAGCAUCCCAGUCAUCACCAAUAAGAUGGCUGGACUCACAUCUAUUUCUGAAGGGACCUCUAAUAUUAUAUUAAAUGGAGAAGCAAUUAUUAUGCAUGUUAAUACAAAGAAUAUGCAACCACACUGUUGACUCCAAGGAUGUAUAUACCUGAAUGAGUCUCUCUGCUCACAGCUUUGUUUAACUGACCAAAAAAGUCAGUGCUUCUUCUGAAUUAGUGCCUUUAUCUGCUAAUAAAGGUAUUUCAAGCAGGAAGAUGUUACAAGCACAGCAGCCUGUUGGAUUGAAAGCACACAUCCAAGUGAUGCACUGGUGUGAUGGCUGAAAGAAGCAAAAGAUCCAGGAUGGAGCUGCCUAUCUCCACCUCCAUCAUGAGACAUAUCCAGCCAGUACAAUAGACCCUGAAUGAACAUAGCAAAGAGAAUGAAAAUGUUUAGCAUGAAUAGCUCCUUGUUCCACCAAGGAAACUAUGUUCCAUACUUAGUGACUUAUUCCAUGCUUACUGGCUUUCUGACCAGAACACUCUCAAAGCUACAUCAGCCAUAGAAGUUUAAUUGCCAAGUAAGUUUUUCCAAUAUGCACCCAGGCCGUGUGUCUGAUUGAUCUACACUCUUCCUGGACAUUUCUCCGCACCCAUUAGCUUUAGCAUAUGAAUAAGGAACCUUCCUGAACUCAACUGCAGAGUAAUUCCAAAGUGGUAUUUGAUUCCCAAAAAUAAAAAGAGCAGCUUAUUAACUAGCUGCAUAGCUGACAGUUGCUUUAGGGGAUUUAAAAAUCUGUUCAUUGGCCGCAUGUGUGUUAUUUCCUUCAGAGCAGCUUUCUUCUAUGAUGCACUGUAAGAACUAUAUUGUUGGCUGAAACCAGAAGAUCCAGCUAGUUCAGCUUUUGCCCAGGUAACUAGAUGCCUCUAGGAAGCUGCCUGAAUGGCAGAGAAUCUACAGUCCAGCCCAUCAUCUCAUACUCAAGACUGCCCCACAACACAGAGGUUCUAUUUAAUGGUGUGACAGGUAAAAUCCACUGAAAGUCCUACCUACCUGUGCCCCAGUUCUAGUGCUGAUGUUGCCCUAAUGCGAGCCUGACAACAAUGCUUGUGUCGGAGAGGCAGUGUGGUAUGGUGGCUAUAAGCACUGGACCAGGACUUAGGAGAGCUGGGUUCUAGUCUCCACUCAGCCAUUAAGCCCACUGGCAGACUUUGGGCCAGCCACUGGCUCACGGCCUAACCUACCUCACAGGGUCAUUGUGUGGACAGAAUGGAGAGAACCUUGUUAACCAUCUUGGGUUCCUUGCUAGAGGAGAGGUGAGGUGCAAAUAUAAUAUAAUAAGAAAUGUUCAGGCCUUGAAUAUUUUUCUGGUCAACUAGGCCCGGUGGGAGAGUGAGCCACAUACAUGUGCCAAGAAGGCGAUUAGUACACUUUCUUGAGAAGACCCAGGAUGUAGUAAAUCACACCUGUGAAAUACCAUGAUGUAGUUUGCAUUUUGUUACAUCUCACAUUUUGUUCUGAUACAAGAUGAAGUCCGCACCUAUUACAAAUCAACAUCAAAGCAAGCAGGUGCUCAUUGAUUGUUACAUUGGAUUGGUGCAGUUUACAUACAGAGUAACAGGACAGGUUUCUUUCCCCUCCAUAUAACUAAGGAAUGCUUUAUAAGCAAGGGGCUUGUCUUUGUGAGGAGAAGCACUUGCUGCUCCCAGAGGACACCCCAUUGGGUUCAGCAUCCUCUCCUGCAGUCACUGAGGUGCAGACUAUUAAACCUGUUUACUUGGGUGAACCUCAUGCAGAGUGAAGUUCCUUUUCUUCAGCAUUUGUGCAAUGUAAGCAGCAGCUUUUAGGGCAACUGAAAAAAGCAGCAAUGCAUUACUGAAUAUUCCACUAGAGCAACAUUAGAGCAAGUGCUGGAGCACAGGUGGGUACCAAGCCAGUUGCCCCUGCUUUAUCUCUUUUAAACUGGCCACAGUCCCCCUUUGAGCCAGUCAAACAUAUUGGUAGGUAUUAUUUUGUCUACCCUACUACCACCAAACACUUUCAUUUGGUGAACCUUAAUAUUAACGUAGGAUUAAGAUGGCUCCCUUGAACUGUUGGAAGUUAGGGGACAUGGUGUAGAUUUAGACAUGCUUAAAAUACAUAUGCCUCCUGAAAUCCAUGCGACUUAAGAUAACCAUGAUUAAAAUACCACCAGUUUCAAUGGGUAUAUUCAGGGCAUGAGUAAAACUGGAUCUAACAUAAAGCUAGGAGUGAAUUCCCAAGUGUGCUCAAUGGGGUCAUUACUGUCCUUUACAGGUUGCAGCCCUCAAAGCUGGUAUGUCAAGUGUAAGCCAAACAGCUCAAGGCUCUAGUUGGGCUUGUUGCUUAAUUUGAGAAUUACAGCUUGCCUGCAUGUAUUUUAUUAGCAAAUAUUUGUAGAACAUCUGUUAGCUAGGUUUUUCAUUUCUUAUUAUUAAAUAUAGCUUUAUGUUUAAAUAAAACCAGUUGAGAAUGCCAUUGGAUCUUGAAUAUUAAGCAUGCUUAUUCAUAUAUAGAGCCCAUCAGAUGCAUUAAAUAGCAUUUUAAGGUAAUCCUGUGCUACUACUGGAAACACUACAAUUUGCUUCAGCAUAAAGAGAACCUUCUCAGUUAAUAGGCAGUAUAGAAAUCAAAUAAAGAUGCCUAGGAACCUGCUGCCAAGAGUAGCUUUGCCUGUGUAAGGACGUGGUUCAAACUGUGAAAUCAAAAGGCUAAGUUGUGCUAAGGGUAGCUGUAGAUAACCAUUCUUUAGGCAAAUAAGCAUGUGUCAGUCAGCUCAACUUUAGAGAGUACUGACAUUUAGUGAGACAAUCGUACAGUCAACCUGUUCAUUCUUGAAUGUGCCAAAGGACUGUGUUGCUUAUACUAACAGACUUAAGAGAACUGGAAUUGUUUCUAGUAAUGAAUCUACAUUUCUACAAUAAAGCAGUUGUAUUAAGUUUUGUCAUAACCCACACUGUUCACUUCCAGCAGACAAUUCAAGGAGCACUGGCUAUUACAUAACUUUUAACAUCCACAUUCUGAGGAACCUUUAAUGCAGCAUAGUCUCUGCUUCUUUAAUUCAAAGUUUAGUAACUGUAAGAAAAUUGCUCUUAGUUUUCUGCAUACAUUUCUCCUGGUUGCUUAUAUGAAAUAUUUAUUAUGCUUCCUUUUAUUAUAAAAGUGAUUUUUGCUAGCAGGAAAAGAAAGAACCACUGGCAUUACUUCACCAUGUAACAGCAAACAAGUAGUUAUCUGCCAUUUACCUUAGUCACUAUUUAAUUAUGUAUAUGUACUACAUACAAUAAAAAUGAGAUGAAACUUG